UCUGCACCUCUACACAAGGACCACUGGCUGGAAGGACAUUAUGGUUGUGCUGAAGAUCUCCUCUCUUCUGGCCGUCCUGGGGUUGCUGGUUUGCCAGAUGUACAGCUCACAGGCGACUCCAGUCAGAAGACCGGGCUUAGAAGCAUUACCGGACCGGGUGACCGUCAGUGACUACGAGGCGCGGAGGAUACUUAAUGCACUGGUCAAAGAGUUUGUACAGAUGACAGCGGAGGAAAUGGAGCAGGCGAGCGACGGGAACAGCUUGGAUAGAGCCAUGUCCAAACGUUGCGCGCGUCUGAGUACUUGCAUACCGGGGAGACUCUAUCAGGAUUUUAACAAAUAUACCUCUUACCCUCGCACUGAUGUCGGGGCCGGCACGCCCGGGAAGAAGAGAAGCGCCCUGGCCGCCAUGGACAACGAACAUUACGCCGGUUAUGGCGAGCAGUAUGAGCUCACUAAGUAGAGGCAGGGCUGGGGAUGCAUGUGGAGCUAAUGUGCACGGGGACACCCUCCGCCGGACGCAAGCGCACUACCAACCUCUCCUGUGUGACUAGAGCCAGUUAGCUAGGAACAGAACCCCUAGAACACAAGCUGUA